AUGUCAUUACGUAUCGCCAGCAUCGCUGACGAGCGGGAGCUGAAAGGAGAACGGGUGGUGAGAGACAGGACUUUCCCCCCCUCAAUAACUAAUAUUAGCAGGCUGGUGUUCAGGAGACAUCAUGGUGAAAUGGAGGUUGGGAAGAGAGCGGAGAAAGGGAGUAGCCUGAACGCAUCGCAAGGAGAAGCACAAGGGGGAAAAGUAUUAUUCAAGCUGAAGAACGCUGUUGGUACAAGAAUAAACAGAUGUAAACUGGAUAUGUUUGCUGCCGAGGAGAAUGUAGAUUUUCGGAUACACGUGGAGAACCAGACGCGAGCGAGGGAUGACGUGAGCAGGAAGCAGCUUCGGCUCUAUCAGCUCUACAGCAGGACAAGUGGGAAACACAUCCAAGUGCUCGGCAGGAGGAUCAGUGCCAAAGGAGAAGAUGGAGAUAAAUAUGCCCAGCUUCUAGUGGAAACAGACACUUUUGGCAGUCAAGUCCGGAUCAAAGGGAAGGAGACAGACUUCUACCUUUGCAUGAACAGGAAAGGCAAGCUAGUGGGGAAGCCUGAUGGCACCAGCAAGGAGUGUGUCUUCAUUGAAAAAGUCCUAGAAAACAACUAUACGGCACUGAUGUCAGCAAAAUAUUCAGGCUGGUAUGUUGGAUUCACCAAAAAAGGGAGACCACGGAAAGGGCCCAAGACCCGGGAAAACCAGCAAGAUGUACAUUUUAUGAAGAGGUACCCAAAGGGGCAAGUGGAGAUACAGAAACCUUUCAAGUACACAACAGUCACCAAGAGGACUAAGAGAAUACGACCCACCAACCCCAGUUAA